UCCUGACGUGCCGAACAAAAAUGAAGAUAGGCAUUUUAGUUAUAUGCCAACUUUCAAAUACUAAUAGAACAAAAUGGAUAUUGUGAGUCCGAUUUUUAUCAAUAUGUUUGCCUUGAUUUUAGUACUGUUUCUCGCUCAAAAUGCUUUAGGAAAUGGAGUUGGAAACGUGGAUUGUGAACAACGAUCUUACUCGGUUUGCUCUCCUGGACGAAGAGGAGCGACUUUUCCUGGAAGCGAAGACGAUUUAAAUACCGUUUGCCCAGAGAUUAUUGAAUAUGCUGAAUGUCUUAACACCUAUGAUGAAGUGUGUGCAACUAAAGAAGAAGAUGUCAGAGAGUUCAAGCCUGGGCAAUAUGUUAAGAUUCGGGAGUUACUGGCAGAUAUUUGUAACAACAAUUCACUUCUGCACAAAGUUUUAUCAGAAAACAUGAGAUGCAUUAAAGAAAGCAUUGAUGGUGCUGGUGAUGAAUGUGCUCAAAAACGUUAUCUAUUUCGCAAGACCUACAUGUCUCAGAGAGAAGUUGAUGAAGAAUCAGCAUCAUUUGAAGAAUUAGUGAAUCUUCACUGCCUACUUCCCUAUCAGAUGAUGUCAUGCGUAAUUGGAGAUAUAUCGCGGAGAUGUGGUGACAUGGCGAAAUCAGCCGUCAUAGAAGUCGCGUUUCGAGCCAACAUUUUACAGUCAGACCGAUGUCCUGCAGAGCAUUUUUCAGGCAUGGUUGGCAUAGUGAAUGACCUUGAACUUCCUGCUGAGCAGAAAGAAGAGAUCCUGCACUUAAUUUCUAGCUACAGUGCUUAUUCUUCGGAAAGAAAAUGACUGGCAUUUUCCCCGUAUUCAUAAUUUUUUGAACCAAAGAUACAAUGUUGAUUUAUAGAAACAUGCAUAACUAUUAUGUUUUCAAAAAUGUUGAAAAAGACCGUUUACUUAUUCAAGUACUUUUUAAAAAGAUUACCAAUGAAGGAAUAAAUGUCAU